CUAGUUUCCGAACGAGUAGUGUGAAUUCGUGUGCACACGAGUGGUAUUUCCGAACGCAGCCCAAAGCUUGCUGACGCUUUUGUAUUUUCCGAUUCAUGAUGCAUGAUGCACACGAAACGAAGCGACAGAGAAAAAUCUAUAGUUUUUUUCUAGAUUUUCCGUCGCUUCAUGCAUAUCGCGCAUAAAUCGGUCACUAUCCAAGGAAACAUUGAUAUACCGGGGAGAUAUCGUGAGAGAGAAACAGAAUUUUCGGGGCACACGCACACAAAUUAAAAUACAAUGACGAAAAGUUAAUUUGCUCGUGGUUUAAUUAUACCAAUUGUGGAAAUAUUGUAGAAAAAAAUUAUGUGCGACAAUAUAAAGGGUAACCCAUUUGCUGGGUUAUUUUCCACGGACAAUGAUGCUGUCUCAUUCUCGUCUCAGCAUCAGAAGGCGACUGUCGAUCAAAGUAACAGCAAUGCCAAUUACGUGGAUCAAUUGUCAUCGAGCACGAUUAAAGACAAUAAAUCUGAAAAUGAGACGGAAUCCGCGAUUCUCGACGACAAGGUCGAUCAGCUGAUGGCGCGCGUAUUUGGCAUAAAGAUACGUCAGGAUAGCAAUAAUCCCGUACAGGGAUCUCUGGUGUUCAUCGACACCGAUUCGAUCGAUCACGCCGUUUUCGAGCGUUUGAUAUUGUCAGAUCCUAAAUCUAAAACGCAAGAUGCCGAUGGUCAUACUGUUCAGGCAGACGUUAUAACUUAUCUCUAUGAAUGCUACCAUCGAUUAAAACAUUAUCCUGUUAGUAGCAGUCUGGAGGAAACGAUAAGAAACGCUUGUCAAAUUAUACUGAGAAAUGCCAAUACGGCUUUGCAAGAACCAGAUUUAUUCCAAUAUCAAGAGGUUCACAGUCAGUUUGUUGCUCUAUUUAUGGACGAUGUUAUAUCAAAGUCAGAAUUAUCAUUAUUUGUUAAUGAUAUGAUAGAGGAAUUAAUAGCAGCGAAUAGAGAGAGCGAUGUGGAAGAAAUAAUAAUGAAAUCGUUUGCUCCUAUACUCGAUAUUGUUCAGAAGGAGGCAGCUCAAAGUAAUCUAUUUACCUUUCGUCAACAAUGGUUUAUUUUACUGCAUAUAUUUUCUGCUAUUGAACCAUUGGCAAAAUUGAUAAUUUGUCAUAGCAGACCAAAAAAUAAUCAAGGCUGCGCAUAUUCAGAUACAUUAUUAGGUGGAUUCUUCAGCAUAAGCUGCUUACCAAAAACAGCUAAUGAUCCAUAUGAUAUGUUCGAUAAACCUCUACGGCAAUCAAAUACAGUCAUGGAAAGUAACAUAUGGAUAGCUAUGGAUAGACUGAGCGAACAGUUACACAAAGUUUUUCAUUCCUUGCUCAAGUGCUCGACAGAAGUUCGUUAUUUAACUUUGCAAUGGCUGAGCGAUUGUCUUCAUGCAAAUGCGAAUAGAGGAAAACUUUGGAAUUCUCAAAUGGACAUGGGAUUACUUGGAGUAUUGUGCGUGUCUGAUGGUUUUAUGCUGAAUGUGGGCAAUGUAUUGUUACGUCUUUGUCAACCAUUUUGUGUUAAGUUUAAUGAUACCAAAAUACCGAAGAUAGAUCCUACAUAUUGUAGUGCCGAGGUGAAAAAUGAAACCGAUAGUUUAAAAUAUGGUAUACAUAUGAAAGAAUUGAGUUCUGAAACAUGUUUGAUUCCAACUCCAGAAGGCGAGAGGCGACCAAUAGCAGAUUCAUAUGGAUUUACAACAGAAUGUUUUUUCCUUACACAUCGUGCAUUAGAUCUUGGCUACAGAGUUAUACUUGACAAAUUUUUAAGGACAAAUCAAGAUUUAGCUAGAAUACAAAGAGCUUACAAUGAUGCUCAAAUUGGUGGUAGUUCAGAGGUGCUGGAACUUAUAACACAACGAAUGGAGACUGAGAUGAUAAAAUACUUGUCUCUUAAAGCAGGCCUUUUAGUACCAGAAAUGUUGCAACACUUGGCAAGAUUUCACGCAAUGACAGCAUUUUGGUUGGUACAAGUAAAUUUACAUGUCAUUACUGAAGAAGAAAAAUGUUUUGCGCCAAAGCAAUAUAUACCUGUUACAUUCCCAUUACCAGAGAUUGUUCCAAAUACACUAAGGUGCAUUCCCGAGUUCAUAAUAGAGAACACUAUUGGAUUCUUAUGUUUUUUACGCCGCUUGAGUCCGAACACAUUCGAGGAGCAGGGUUCCAGUUUUCUAAAUCCGAUUUUGACAGGAAUUAUAGUUUUAAUGGAGUCUCAGCAUCGUUUGUACAAUCCACAUUUACGCGCUCGUUUAGCCGAAAGUCUAGAGGCACUUUUACCGACUACAGACGAGAGCGUUACUCCGGCAAUACCUAACUUAGGAACAUUCCACAGGGAACAGUUGUUCCUCCUUCAUCCAUAUAGGCAACAAAUAGUCCCUAAUUUGCUCCAUGUGUUUGUAAGCAUUGAAAUGACAGGGCAAAGUGUACAAUUUGAACAAAAAUUCAAUUAUCGUCGACCGAUGUAUAUCGUGAUGGAUUAUUUAUGGAAACUUGAUGAACAUCGUCAUUAUUUUAUUGCUUUAGCUAAAGAAGCGGAAAACAACAUGGAAGCAGUUCAGCCACCGCUAUUCCUACGUUUUAUUAAUUUAUUAAUGAACGACGCUGUAUUUCUCUUGGACGAGGCCUUGUCAAAUAUGGCACAGUUAAAACAAAUGCUGCAAGCUAGGGAAAACGGAGAGUGGAAUAAACUGCCGCCAAAUGAACGCGAACAGCAAGCAGGCUAUCUUCAACACAUUGGUAUGAUUGCUCGAUUUGAUAAUAUUCUGGGCAGAAAAACUAUACAAACGAUAAAAAUGCUGACCACUGAAAUAAAAUCAAUCUUUUGUCAUCCGACCAUGGUAGAUCGCAUUGCUUCUAUGCUUAAUUAUUUAUUAUUACAAUUGGUGGGGCCAAAUAAAAAAAAUCUCAAGGUGAAUGAUCAAAAAGAAUAUGCAUUUGAUCCUGCAAAUUUAGUGUUGAAUAUAUGUGAGAUCUAUAUUAAUUUGAGUAAAAAUGAAAACUUUACACUAGCUGUGUCGCAAGACGGACGCUCUUAUAGCCCAGAACUUUUUAAACUUGCUGACAAUGUGCUUGUUCGUAUCGGUGGUGUGAGAAUCUUGGGAGAUUUGGAUCAAUUUGCGAAGAGCGUGGAAAAGGCUGCGAAUCAAAAGCGAGAAGAAGAUGAAAUUUUGAUUGGUAUUCCCGACGAAUUUCUAGAUCCAAUUAUGUCAACUGUUAUGACAGAUCCUGUAAUUUUGCCAUCAUCAAAAAUAACUCUCGAUCGUCAAACUAUAGCAAGACAUUUACUAAGUGAUCAGACUGAUCCUUUUAAUCGAUCUCCUCUUACUAUGGAUAUGAUAAAAUCAAAUGUAGAGCUUCAACAGAAAAUACAAGAAUGGAUUUCACAAAAAAAACGAGAAAAGUUAAACGUUGAUACAUAAUUUGUCGUAAUGUCGAACCAUAGGCGAUCUUUAAAGUCAUUAUAAGACAUUAAAAAUAAUACAUAUCGAUAAUAUUAUGUAAAAGAUUUUGUCGCAAAAAAUUUGAUUUUACGGCAAUUAUUUCAGUUUGAAUUGACAAAAAAUAAAACUUGAAUAUGUAUUAUUCAUUUGGAUUUUAUCGUUCGCUGAUGUUCGACUUGUCAAUAAUAGAUAAAUAAUUUUGUAUACAAAUUUGAAAAUGUAAUUAUGUACAGAAUUGUAGUUUAGAAUCGCAAUUAUAUUAAUAGUAAUUCCUGAAUUGAAGUGAAAUGUUAUACACAUAAAUGAUACACAACUUUAGAAAUUGCUAUAUAAAAAAAUUAUUCAUUGUUCAUUAUAUUUCAUGUACUAUAGAGAAUAAAAUAUAAUAUUUAUGAAUAUUA